AGUACAUGCUAUUACCUGCCAUGAAUCCACUGCCUCUGCUCCAACGAGCUGGACUUGUCUUACAUCGGGCACCUAAACUCAUUUUUCAUGGAGCUCUCUCACACUUCCGUGGGCCCCGGAAUCUAGGCCAGCGAGGAAGGACAGCGAGUAGGCUCUGCGUCUGUUGAUUGUUUUUCCCGGAGGCCACGGCAGAGUCGCUGGAUUGCGAUGGCGAAUUCAAUGUCGGCGGGGAAGGUGGUUCGGCUGGCCAUCACUGAUUUCCUCUUCACAAUCGUGUGGGCGAUAGGGGUGUCGUGCACAGGCGCCACGGUGGCAGUCCUCGCGCCCUACGUCGCCGCUGACGACGAAACUUCCGUCGCUCUCCUCUUGGCAAUCGCCAUCCUUCAGAUUGUGGGGUUCGGGGGAGCGGCGGCAGCGCUGGGAGGGGCGUCGUUCAACCCGCUGGCGAAUCUCAUCAACUACCUCGCAGACGAGGCCGAUGAGACGGCUCUUGGCUUGCUGUUGCGCUUCCCCGCUCAGGCGUUUGGCAUGGUGAUAGGCACCAUGCUGACGUGGGAGCUAAUCCCGGAGUCCCUCAAGCACACGGUCAACGGGCCCGCGCUGCCACCUGGCGUGUCGGUAUUGGCCGGCGCAACGGCGGAGUUCGCCCUGACCUUUCUGCUGAACCUGGUGGUGCUGUGGACGCUGUUCCUGGGCCCCAAGAGCGAUCUCUCCAAGGCCUUUAUCAUGGUGUCCGCGACAAUUGUUGCCAUUGCUGCUGGCAUGGGGUUUUCGGGUCCUUCUAUGAACCCUCUCUUCGCAUUCGGGUGGGUGUACACGUUGGAUCAAGAGAUGUCGGCUCAGCACUUCAUAGUCUACUGGGCUGCUCCCACCGCGGGUGCUGUGCUGGCGGCAGCCUUCUAUCGCAUCUACCUGAAACCACACAAGGCGGCGCUCGAGGCAAAACGGAAGAAGGAGAAGGCAGAGGAGGAGAAACCCAUGGUGGCCACAGAAGCGAAGGUGAUUGAAGGGAAAGAAGAGGAUGGGAAGCUGAGGAAACGGGUGGUUGCGGGGGCACGGGGAGAGGCAGAGGUAAAUGGUGGUGGGGCUGACGGAGCGGGGGUUGGUGAGAGUGAAGGGAAAAGCAGAAGAAAAGGUGAUUGAAGGGGAAGAGGAUGGAAAGCUGAGGAAACGGGUGGUUCGGGGGGCAUGGGGAGAGGGGGAGGUGAAUGGUGGUGGGGUUGACGGAGGGGGGGCUGGUGAGAGUGAAGGGGGAAAGAGAAGCAAAGGUGAUUGAAGGGAGGGAGGGGUGAGCGAAGGUGCAGAAGCAGGUAGGUGGUUGCAGGGUGCGGGGGAGGGAGGAAGAGAAUGAAUGGUGGUGGUAGGGUCUGUAAUGGCGGACGAGAGAAUGGUGGGGAGAGCCAAGGGGAGUACAAGGCAGAGUGAGUGGGGGGAACUGGCGGAAGGGACAAGGAUUACCUAGGGAAGAAAGAGGCGGACAAGUCAAAGAGGAGAGAGGCGGAUGGGCCAAGGGUCGUCUAGGCUGUCUGUGACCAUUGUGGGUGUACCGCCUCCCCGUGUCGAACCCAGGAGGGCUUUCAGUGUCCGUGUCUUGCUGCUGCAUGGCUUCUUCCGCAGGGGGCCAAUUGCCCAUCGAGGGGGGAGAGGGGAUGGGGGCCUUGCCUUGUGGGGUGAGGCCAUUGGAGAGCUUUCCUCAGUUCCAUGGCCUCUUCGCGGGGGACCACUGUUGCAAAGCCUCGAGUUUGGGGGCUAGGUGGUCAGUAGGGUGUGUAGUGAUGUAAGGAUCUGUGUUGUAGCUAUAUGUGCAGCUUUGGUUGCGGAGAAAUGGCAAGCAACAAGUUUAUUCACUAACAGGUUGGUAACAUGA